GUGAUGCUACAACCUCCUUAUAAAGGGACUCUCUCUCACGUUGUGGCUUGGAAAUUAGAGCACAUUGCCUAAAAUUGAGGUCUCCACACACACACUCUCACACACGCCGAGUCACCGAGAGCCGCUGCCAUGAACCGGAUGAACGUUGAGGAGACGCUCCGCAGGGCCGAGACGCCUCUCUUCUGGGUCGGUGCGUUCACUGUGGCCUCCCUGGCGCUGUGGCUGCUCUACAGGCUGCUCUUAGGCGUUAGGAUCUGGGUCUUGGGAAACGGGCAGCUGCUGUCUCCGAAGCUGGGCAAAUGGGCAGUUGUGACGGGAGCCACAGAUGGAAUCGGGAAAUCCUAUGCGGAGGAGCUGGCUCGUAGAGGAUUUGCCAUGAUGUUGAUCAGUCGCUCCCAGGACAAGCUGGAUGACGUGGCCAGGUCACUUGAGGAGCAGUUUAAAGUGGAGACCAGGACCAUUGCCGUUGACUUUGGCAAGACGGACAUCUAUCCAAAGAUCGAGGCAGGGCUCGCUGGUCUGGAGAUUGGUGUUCUUGUCAACAAUGUUGGCGUCUCCUACCCCUAUCCAGAGUACUACCUCCAUAUUCCCGAUCUGGACAAUUUCAUCACAAAUAUGAUCAACGUCAACAUGACCUCAGUUUGCCAGAUGACCCGUCUGGUGCUGCCCAGAAUGGCUGAGAGGUGCAAAGGUGUUAUCCUCAACAUCUCCUCUGCCAGUGGAAUGUACCCUGUCCCUCUGCUUACAGUCUAUUCUUCCACAAAGGCCUUUGUGGAUUUCUUCUCUCGUGGCCUUCAGGAGGAGUACAGGCGUCAGGGCAUCAUCAUUCAGAGCGUGCUACCCUUCUUCGUGGCCACUAAAAUGACUCGCAUCAGGAAGCCCACCCUGGAUAAGCCCACCCCAGAGCGCUAUGUGGCAGCUGAGCUCACCACUGUGGGUCUGCAGAGCCAGACCAAUGGCUAUUUCCCCCACGCUGUCAUGGGUUGGGUGACCACCAAGCUAGUGCCAAGCAGCAUCGUCAUCUUCCUGGGAGCCAGAAUGAACCGUCUGCAACGUACCGGAUACCUGCAGAGGAGGAAGCUGCGGGAGCAGAAGAACGGAGCGAGUUUGAAGAGUGAAUAGGAAGACUGCUGACAAACCUUCAGGCAGCCACUCUCUUCUGACCCGGUGCAGCAUUUAAGGAAAAGAGUGUGAGUGUAUGUGUGUAUGUGCAUGUGUGUAUCUGUUUGAUCCUCCAGGGUUGCCUGCGAUUUCACCUUUGUGCCUUCGGUAAAUGUGCGCACCAAAGCAUGUGUACAACUGUGUAAAAUGGCAGCCUCUGCCCUAAUGUGGCGUGCCUGGAGAGAAACAGCCAAAGAAGCCAGGAGGUGAAACGAUAUUAAAAUGCUGUUCUUGGCAAAGAACAUUAAUACUUUUUUGUCACUGACACUGAUGGUGGAGACGAUACAGCCAAAAAAUGAGUCAUUUGUUAACCCUGCUGUUGUAAGCAGUGGAAAAUGGUGGUGGGCAUCUUUUUAUAUAUAUAUAUAAAUGUAUAAUUAUUUAUUUUAUAUUUGUAUGAACACAUGAGCCAAAUUCAGACCUUUAGACUAGCUUUCAAAAUCACUGAUGGCAGUCUGCUUCCUAUCAUGCCAGUUUACUUCCAUCACUGAACUGUUAUCAUCAUGCAUUGGCUCUUUUUUCUUCUUUUGUAUAUUAUUGUGUGUUUACAGUAUAUUUAACAAUGAUACUUUAGUGGCGGGUUGUUGUUGCACCAAUGUAUCACUUGUUCUAAACCAAAGUUGUUUUUGUAGUUAUCAUUCACUGUCGCAUUAAACAAGUGCCUUUCUACUGACAUUAAUGCUGGAAACGGUCAGAUUCAAUGAUAGGGUAUUGACGGGAUACAAAUGUGUUGUGAAAGGAGGCAAUUCAACUGGAACUACACAGUUGCUCCAUUUGCUGCCACUUUGAAUCAAAAUGUAGACCUUUCAUAGACAACGGAAAACGUCUCACCCUUUGCCCAUUUAGUUCAUCUAGUGUGUUUUGAAAGGAUUUCACACAGAAUGUUUGACCUCACUAGCUGUGGUUUCACAUUUACCUACGGACUGGUUCAUAUAUUACUAAGUGUUUGCUGCAAAACAGGAGAACUGCUCCUCUUUACACAGUUUGUGCACAAUUCAAUUCCCCCCUUAUGACUUGGUCUGACCUGCCCUUCAACUAAGAUGCCUUGUGAAUGCUUUUCUUCUGUAAAGAGUCUUUUUAAUAUGCUUGGAAAUAAUAUUUGAAUUUCUACAUGUAAAAUGCACUGUUUACAUUUAAAUUGCUUGAAAUGUAAGUUUUAUACGAUUUGUUUAAUAAAAGCUCUGGCAU